AUGACGGAACAGUGGAAAGCACAGCGACUCGGUCCAAAGCUGGACAAAGAGAUCCAGCAGCUGCAGGUCACACUGAGUGAACUGGGCACGAUGGGGAACAAGCCGCAAAGGACGACUUACCUCAAACGCGCCAACGUUUUCUUCCUGGAACACAGAGAUGCGAUUGUCCAGAUCAAGCAGAAUGAGCUGAAAGACAAGGAAAAGAUGCGGUAUGAUGUUGGACUCGAGCUUCAUAAAUCGCAGUAG